GUGGCAUUUGCUCUUACGUCUUACUGUAUUUGUUUAAAAAUACUCUUUUGACUGUUUUAUAAAUAUGAGAACACCGAGGCGCCGUAACUUAUAUAAUAAACACAUCUGAAGAUACCGAACACCCUUAAUUAAGCGUCUGUUUUUACCCUCCCAUACAUAUUUUCAUUUCUAACAAAUAGCCACUGGUCGCGCGGAUAUGACGCACGGUGCGUUCUGUGACGCCACUGACUGUAUUCCCGCGAAAUGUCAAAUCAUGGCAGCAGGAUUUCAGAAAUGAUCGUCUCUUGAGUAUGAAAACCAUGAGAAGUCAAGGCAGAUCUGGUCCAGAUGGGGUUUCUCUCCAUGACAAGGAUGCACUUCAACUCCUUCCACAGAAACUAGGGGGAAAACUGAUGCCCUUCCAGAGAGAAGGGGUCCUUUUUGCCCUGUCAAGGGAUGGACGGUGCAUGAUUGCAGAUGAGAUGGGUUUGGGAAAGACGAUCCAGGCCAUUUCAGUGGCAUAUAUCUUCAAACAAGAAUGGCCUCUGCUGAUUGUGGUGCCUUCAUCUCUGAAAUACCUUUGGAUUGAAGAGCUGGAGAAGUGGAUUCCCGAACUCGACCCCAGAGACAUCAACUUGGUCGAAAGCAAGACCGAUACAAUGAGCAUCGGCACUAGCAAAGUGACUAUACUGGGAUACGGGCUGCUCACGACGGACGCACGCCCCCUGCUGGAGGCCCUGAACAAGCAACGAUUCGACGUCAUCCUCGUGGAUGAAUCCCACUACCUGAAAUCUCGCAACGCAGCUCGUAGUAAAAUAUUGGUGCCAAUCAUUCAGAACGCCAAGCGUGCCAUCCUUCUAACUGGCACCCCGGCGCUGGGCAGACCAGAGGAGGUACGGUUUUUCGGGGCCAGACGGCAGUGGGACUGUCGCGGCGCGUCUCAUUUGGACGAAUUACACCAGCGUCUGAGCGAGAUUAUGAUUCGCAGACUCAAGAAUCAGGUGCUGACUCAACUACCACCCAAAAUACGCCAACGAAUCCCCUUCGACCUUCCCAAAGAUGCUGCCAAGGAAGCGAGUGCUAGUUUUGAGCGGUGGGAGAAACUGAUGAGCUCUGAGAGUGAGAAUCAGUUUGUGGAGGUGAUGAGUCUCAUCACACACAUGUAUAAGCAGACUGCCAUUGCCAAGGCCGGAGCGGUGAAGGACUAUAUAAAGAUGAUGUUGGAGACCGAACAGCUGAAGUUUCUGGUCUUUGCUCAUCAUCUCAGCAUGCUGCAGGCGUGUACCGAGGCUGUCAUCGAGGCCAAGGCUACUUAUAUCCGCAUCGAUGGCAGUGUUCCAUCUGCAGAGAGGAUCCAACUUGUGCAUCGUUUUCAAAAUGAUCCAGACACGCGUGUGGCCAUACUAAGUAUACAGGCAGCUGGACAGGGUCUGACAUUUACGGCUGCGUCUCACGUGGUCUUUGCCGAACUCUACUGGAACCCAGGACACAUCAAGCAAGCAGAGGACAGAGCACAUCGCAUAGGGCAGACCAUGACGGUACACAUCCACUACCUCAUCGCCAAAGGAACCUUUGACACCGUCAUGUGGGCCAUGUUAAACAGAAAGGAAACGGUUACAGGCAGCGCUCUGAACGGAAAGAAAGAGUAUUUGAAAGCUGAGGUGGGAGACGAAGAGAAAUGGGACUUUCUGAACUUUGCUAAGGCAUGGACACCAAGCGACACCAAGAAAGGUGACUCUGAGGACGACAAGGAUGGAAUUUUCUUUUCUCAUUUUGAAAGGGAAAAGCAGCACGACAUCAGAUCGUUUUUUUCCCCCUCUGUGAACAAAGAAAAGAAGAGGAAACGAACCGGGGAUUCACCCUCCGACGGAUCUCCUCUCGCCCAAUUACCUGAGGGGGUGGAGCCUGUUCGGACCCUGGACAUCCAGAGCUCUGAUUUGAAGGCCGACCAGGGGGAGGACUUUUCUCCUCAGGUGAAGCGGUUUAGGCAGGUUAGCCCCUCGUCGCGACGUGGGGGUAAGAAGAGCCCCCUGUCGUCCUUGUGCGCCCCCCGAAGGCUCUCAGCGGGACUGCAGGCUACGCGCCACAAUCAGAAGUGGAACUGUUCGGCAUGUACAUUCUCCAACAGCGGAUUGCUGCUACACUGCGAGAUGUGUGAAAGUCCGCGAAAUGCACAUAAAGCUCCCUGCACAUCUUCAUCAUUACCGGAUCACCCCUCAUCCUCCUCGUCGCUCACUACCAUCUGCAUCUCUGAUUCAGAUCAAGAAAACGAACCAGCCACCCCCAGCACCCCACAAACUCCACACACACGUCCAAACCUACAGGCCAGUCCGGUUGUGGCAGAAACACACGUGGAUGAAUCUCAGGAAAUGCAACGAAAGAAUGAGUUCAGCUCACAAACUCUCUCCAGCGGUGAUCCAGCUAAUGACAUUCACAUUCAAAAGGAGUCGGAUGACUCCGUUCCCGUGUACGACUCUCUGAAGUUCUGUGCCAGCAAAAACACAGACAGGAUCUACAUCUACGACAAGGAUGGCCUCCCGCUCCACUGUAACUUCAUUCCCUUGGAUAUCAGACUGCAGAAUUGGGAGGAACUGCCAGCAGAAUUCAAUCACAGCGAGAACAGGAGUCAGGUUGUGCGAUUCGUGCGCGAGUGGAUCUCUCUGACUGCGAUGAGGCAGAGGAUGGUGAGGAAGAGUGGAAGUGUGUUUCACAGCCCUAUCCUGCUGCUAGAGGAGCUCAGUCAAUCCCAGCGCCGGCACAGCAGCACCUCCAGGUAUCUCUCCAGACAGGAUGUAGCUCAGACCUCCAUCACUGUGGCCCAGAAAGAGGGCGGAGCUCUCCGCAUCAUCAAAAAGGACAACAUCGGUCCGAAAAGACAAUCCUCAUCCGAACAUACUGACCCCAGCAACAGGUCUGACCACCCGUAUCUCUCCAGACAGGAUGUAGCUCAGACCUCCAUCACUGUGGCCCAGAAAGAGGGCGGAGCUCUCCGUAUCAUCAAAAAGGACAACAUCGGUCCGAAAAGACAAUCCUCAUCCGAACAUACUGACCCCAGCAACAGGGAAGCAGAGAGCUCGGUGUGUGUUCAGACAAACACUACAGCCGGUUACCUGCAGGCCAUGGACUCGGCCGGGACCCCCCUGUGUCUGUCCUGCCAGAAGCCCAGCGGGGAGCACCGCGGCUGGGCAGGAGGCUUCUGCAGCCCUGCCUGUAUGGAGGACUUCCAGCUGCGCUCCAAUCAGGGCUACAUGCGCGCCCGCGUGCUGGAGACGGAGCAGGGUGUGUGUCAGCAUUGCGGACUCAAUGCCCACCAGCUGUACGUGCAGGUCCGGGACGCCCCGCGCACACACCGCAAGGAGAUGCUGGACAACACCUGGCUGGCACAACUCCCUCUCAAACAGCUGAAUGAAAUGAUUCAGAGUCCCGUUGAAGGACAGUUCUGGCAGGUGGACCACAUUAACCCCGUGUACAGAGGAGGAGGACAGUGUUCCCUCGAGAACCUUCAAACCCUUUGUACCGUCUGCCAUCGGAUGAGGACCGCACAGCAAGCCAAAGACAGAAGUCAGAUGAAACGAGACCAAGCCGCCUCCAAACUGGCCUCUGACAUCACACGAUUCUUCGUCAAGAAAUGAGCCGUUCCGUCUGCAACUAUUAAAAACACAUAUUCAGAGCUGUUGCCUUGGAAAUGACCCGCCUGCCAGAGGCGUUAUUUACCAGCAUCUGCAGUGUUUGAGGAUUGUAAUUUAGCCAAUUGGGUAGCUGUUUUUAAUCACUGCUCUCAGCAAGAGACAAAAUAACUUUUAUAUUCGAUGUGUUCAACCAUAAAUUAAAUGAAGUCACUAAAUAAACAUGUUCC